GUGGGGCGAACAAACUCAAUCCUUCCAGUUAACCAGAGUAAUGGAACAAAAACAGUAAUCCAUUCACGCAAGUAUUAAAAAAUAUAAUUUAAUGCUUUAAUUUACUCCGAUUAUAAAAACUAAAUCAACGCGCACACAUGGUGUAAGCCAUGGCUCAGACUGAGAAGAAAGCAGGUCUGCUGAAGAGAACAUCCUCUUCUAAGAAGCCACUGAAGGAGAAAGUUGUGCUUAUGUAUGAUGAGAUAUUUGCGAAGGAAGAUCCGACUAAGAACAACCCUCGCUUCUGGGAUGAAUUGUUUUUGAUGAAGGUGAAUCUUGAGUAUCUGGAAGGAAAGUUAGAGGCUCUAGAUGGAGAUGAAGUGAUGAAAAUCAAAGACAACAUCAACUGCUUGUUCCAUCACUGUGUUCAAACGUUGGGUGAGGAACACCAGAUCAAAGUAGUCAAUGCGCUUCAGACUCUGUGUGCAUUAUUUCGAGGAGUUCACCAGAAGAACAAAUCAGCCACGGGCUUUGACAUCAUCAACAUGCUGAUGGGCUUUGACAAGGCUGAACUCAGAAUGAAGGAGUUGAUGGAGAGUUUGGAUAGCCUGCUGUGCGGUGACGGAUCAGAGAGUCUUAAGAGUUUAUGUCUGAAACUGCUGCUGUGUUUGGUCACUGUGACGGAUAACAUCAGUCAGAACACCAUACUGGAAUAUGUGAUGAUCAACAGUAUCUUUGAGGCCAUUCUACAGAUUCUAUCGGACGUGUCCAGUCGAUCUCAGCACGGCUAUGAUUCUGUGGUCCUGUUAGCUCUCCUGGUCAACUACAGGAAGUAUGAGUCCGUGAACCCUUACAUUGUGAAACUGUCAAUAGUGGACGACGAGCCCACGCUGAAUGGAAUGGGAAUGGUCAUCCACCAUGCACUUUCAGAUUACAACAGGCAGUAUAAAGAUAAAGAAGAGGAAAACCAAGGAGGCUUUUUCUCUGCCCUAAGCAGCAUGGUGGGCAGUAUGUUUAUUGCUGAUGCAGACGAAAAGCUCUCAGUGCAGACGAAUGAAGCCAUCCUGCUGGCUCUGUAUGAGGCCGUUCAUCUCAACAGGAACUUCAUCACAGUUCUCGCACAGAGCCAUCCAGACAUUGACAUGACCACAACAUCUGUGACUCCUGUUCCAGCUUCACCCACGACACCGCUGGGCACCACGCCGCCAUCUCUGGACUUGAUGAAUAAUCCUGAACUUCCUCUGGACCCAAACUUGCAGACGAGUAAUCUUCUUAUAACGUUCCUGAAAUAUUCCUCCAUCGUAAUGCAGGACACCAAAGAUGAACACAGACUCAACAGCGCUCGACUGUGCCUCAUUAUUCUGACAUGUAUAGCCGAGGACCAGUAUGCCGACGCUUUUCUCCACGAUGACAACAUGAACUUCAGAGUCAACUUGCACAGAAUGCCAAUGAGACACCGGAAGAAAGGGGCGGAUAAAAACAUUCCCUCUCGACCUUUAGUCUGUGCGGUCCUGGAUCUUAUGGUGGAGUUCACCGUCACUCAUAUGAUGAAGGAAUUUCCCAUGGAUCUUUAUACGCGAUGUGUUCAGAUUAUUCACAAACUGAUCUGCUACCAGAAGAAAUGCAGAGUUAGACUACACUACACCUGGAGAGAACUCUGGUCAGCUCUCAUUAACCUUCUGAAGUUCCUGCUGUCUAAUGAGACCAGCCUUCUGGGAAAGCACAAUAUCUUCCAGCUGGCUCUCCAGGUCGUGAACCUCUUUAACAUGUUUAUCACGUAUGGAGACACAUUUCUGCCCACCCCCAGCAGUUACGACGAGCUCUAUUAUGAGAUUAUUCGGAUGCAUCAGGUGUUUGAGAACCUCUACUGCAUGGUGCUGAGGGUCUCGACCAACACAGGUCAAUGGAAGGAGCCGGCUAGUAAAGUUACUCAUGCACUCAUCAAUGUCAGGGCGAUUAUUAACCAUUUCAACCCUAAAAUUGAGUCAUAUGCUGCAGUGAAUCACAUCUCCCAGCUGUCAGAAGAACAGGUAUUGGAGGUGGUACGGUCAAAUUAUGAUACGUUGACCUUGAAGCUGCAGGAUGGUCUGGAUCAGUUUGAGCGAUACUCCGAACAGCCCAGAGAGGCCGCGUUCUUCAAAGAGCUGGUGCGCUCCAUCAGUCUGAACGUGAGGAAGAACGUCUCUCUCAGCACGAUGAGUCAAGACCUUCUUCUGAAGGAAUUCUCCUCUAUAUCCUGAAGGAUCUGAAACUGCUUCCAAAAUGACCCCCACACACCUGAGGCUACUCAACCUGACAGCAGACGUUGCAGACGAUAAUACUGGAUUUGAUCCGCAGACUGUAUUAACAAUGGGGUGUGUGUGUGUUUGGUCAUGUUCAGAUCAGACUUGUAUUGGCUUAACAAAGCAAUCGGCCAAACUUUGCACAAUGUGAAUUUUGAUUCUGACUAACCGGUAUUCACUUUUCCUCUUUCCUUAUUUCAUUUGGCGGUCUGGUCCUUUUCUUGUUGAAUUAAACCGUAUGUUCUUCAUUGGCUUUACUACCAAACUGAUGAAAUCGUUGUGCUCGCAUGUGUUUAUCUUUUAUUUUUUUCACAAAUAACUUUGUUUUGUUUUUUGGCAGCGGAUACAACAAAACUGUCUGGGUCAUAUUUCACCCAUCAAAAUGAAUUGAAAAUAAAUUAUAUUUUGAAUGCAAAAACAUGGUUCGGUUCGCGACCGGAGGAGCAUAUUUUUUUCAUGACUAGGAAGUUAAUGAAAAAUAGUAAUUUGAAAUACUCAUUACCGUAAUGCAAUGUUAAAAAAAAUCAAUUCAUUUACAAAGUACUUCUAUUAAUUACCAUAAAACAGUUAUGUUUUUAAUGUUUUUAAAGCGAGGUAUGAUUUGUUAUUCUUUUCUUAUUUGGUGGUGAGAUAUGAGUCGGACAUGUUCAUAAGAUGCACUAAUUGUUCAAUCUGACAGUCUUUGGAUAUUUUUCUCCUCAGUAUUUCUCAGCAUUGCCAGAAGUAUCGUGAAAAGAUUGUACGUGGUUGCAGUUAUAGAAAAUGAACGUUUACUUAUGCAACACUGGGUACAGAAGAAUGUAUUCAUUUGACAUAAAACUGAAAUUAUAGUUCAUAUGAUAUGAGAUCAGAGAACGAGCUGUUUAUAUUUUCAUUUUGGUUUCGGUCUAUUAUUAAAGCAUAAUAGAAUUCAA